UUGUCAGCUAUCUGCGUGCAGUGUUUUUCCCCGCUGUUUACAGGUGUGCGUCCAUGUGAAUGGCACAGUUUAUAUUACUGUUCAAUCCUUGCUGCAGGUGGCUGAUAUACUGAUCUUGCCUGCACAGUGCUGAUUAUUUUAUCAGGCAAAGGAAUAUUAAGCGCCCCUUUGUAAACAAACAUUUAUGAGUGGGGCCCAGCUGACUGGCUUGUGAAGAAAAGGUGCAGAAAGAUUCUCUUCUCACGCCGUUUCACCUCAACAGCGUUCAUGCUGACUGAAAUGACAAGCUGUUUUAUCGAAAAUGACUCUGUAGGUUCAAUCAGUCUGUCUGAAUUAUCCAGCUCAUCAUCUGUGUCUGACAGAGCAUGUGUUCACUGGGGUUGUGUGCUCAGUGGCUCUGAGACCACAGCUGUCUUUCAAGCAGAAAAUGACCUUCUGGAGAACCAGUUUUUCAUCAAAACGAUAUGUCUUAGUGAGGAGGCAGGAGAGGAGAUGCAUAUAGUGGCCGUCUGUGACGGUGUCGGAGCUUCCAAACCGUUGCCCAUUGCCACCCUCCGCCACUGUAUGCCAAUGAUCAGUUUUCCCGGUUUGGAGCUUAUUCCCCCUGUCACCUUUAAACUGUGCUCGGGUAAAGGACCCGUGUUCAUCUCUGCUCAGCAUAUAACAUUGAAUCCCAUUGAGAUGACAGAGGGGGAGGAGGAGGAUGAGGAUGAAGAUGAUUAAAUGCCAGUGAUGAAAGCUUAUUUUGACUGUUUGAACCAUAAUGGGUCCUGUGGGACAGUGAUUGUGCCAGUAUUUGUUACUGAAGCAUCACAGUGUUUGUCAACAUUAAAAAACUAUUAAGUUCAAGUGUUUUAAUGCUAAUGAAAGAGAGUAAUAAAAUACGAGUCUCAAAGUGUAAAUAAUACCACACGAUUUUAUCGGAUGUAUUUUUUCCCUAUAUGUAGACCGAGAUGCAUACCUACUUGUACACAAAA